AUGAGGCUGUUGCUGAUCUUCGUAGUGUCUGUUUCUGCAGAUUUGAACUGGUGGAAGACUGCGUUAGUCUACCAAGUAUACCCGAGGUCUUUCAAAGACAGCGAUGGUGAUGGAAUUGGGGACCUUAAAGGUGUCACUGAAAAACUACCCUAUCUGAAGGACACGGGUAUAGAUGCAAUAUGGCUGUCACCAAUAUUUCUAUCCCCAAUGCGAGAUGUUGGCUACGACAUAUCGGAUUACCGGAAAAUCGCACCAGAAUUCGGUACUAUGCUAGAUUUUGAGAUGUUAGUCAGAACUGCUAAGGAACUAGGUCUCCGUAUUAUUCUGGACUUCGUCCCGAACCACACGUCAAACGAGAGCGAGUGGUUCGUUCGUUCCCAAAAAUCAGAUCCUCACUACAAGGACUACUAUAUUUGGGCUGACGGAAUUACCAAGGAAGCUGAUCAGGAAAUGUUACCUCCCAGUAACUGGGUAAGUCACUUUCGCAAGAGCGCUUGGAAGUACAGCGAAGAACGUGGUCAAUAUUACUUGCACCAAUUUGUUAUUGGUCAACCAGAUUUGAACUAUCGCAACGAGAAGGUUCAGGAAGAAAUGAAGGAAGUCCUUAGAUUCUGGCUAGAUCGAGGAGUUUCUGGAUUUCGCGUGGAUGCAGUCAAUGUGCUUUACGAAGCGGAUCCGAAGAACUACGGCGGUCGUUACCCUGACGAAUCUAGAUCUGAUGAUCCCAGCGCAGUGCCCGAUGAUUACGAAUAUUUGAAACACAUCUACACAAGAGAUCUGGACGAAGUAUACACGACAAUCUACGAUUGGCGCCAAGUUCUUGACGAAUAUACGAGUAAAGGAGAGUAUAAAUUCAUGGUAACUGAAGCGUACGCGGAUGUAGAACACUUGAUGAGGUACUAUGGGGCUGAAGGGAGAAAUGGUUCUGUGCCUUUCAACUUUGGUUUAGUGGAUAAAGUCAAUAAGGACACAAAUGUUGUUGAGAUUAAAGCAAUCAUCGAUGAGUGGAUGACGAAGAUGCCUGCAGGAAAGGUUGCUAGUUGGGUGAAUGGAAACCACGAUCAACCCCGACUUGCAUCUCGAGUCGGUACAAAUAGAGUCGACGCUAUGAACAUGUUGGCUCUUAUCCUUCCUGGCAUUGCAUUCACUUAUCAGGGAGAAGAACUUGGUAUGACUGAUGGCUUUAUAUCCUGGGAGGACACACAGGAUCCGCGCGCCUGUAACACAGAUGACCCCGUAAAUUAUUGGAAGCAUUCCCGAGAUCCAUGCCGGACACCCUUCCCUUGGGAUGGGAGCUUAAACGCAGGGUUUUCUACAAGUGAUAGAACCUGGUUACCAGUUGCCGAUAACUACAAGGAAGUAAACUUAGAAACGGAGAUAACGGCUUUGAAAAGUCAUUAUAAAUUCUACAGAGAUGUGGCAGCAAUAAGAAAGUGUGAUGCUAUCCAGAAAGGACGCUUGGAUGUUAAAGCUUUAACUGAAUCAAUAUUAGUUAUAGUCAGAUGGAUACCAAAUGCAGAAGCUGUUGUGGCCAUCAUGAAUCUUUCAGAAAACACAGGGACUGUUGAUUUAUCAAAUAUGGAAAUGCUGACAGUAAAAUUAAAAGUGGUAGCAAGUGGGGUGGAUUGCAAUGGAUUUGAAAACAAGUAA